UUCCUUCUACAACCAAUGACGAUUCUUCUUUAUUAUUUGACCAUGAUUUAUCAAAGACUAUUAUGUACUCGAUGACAUGGAUGAUACCGGAGAUAUUAGCAAUGGAACUUAUUCAACGAAUUUUCAAUCACGAAACUGAAACAUCUGCAGACCCCUCACAGCAAUCUGAGACAUUCACAGACAUGUCACAGCUGACCUAUGAAGAAACAUUUGCAAAAUAUCUGCUUUUAGUUAAAGGCAAGUUAGAAUCGAUUAUAACAAAGCUUCAGCAGGAGAAUUUAAGUGGCAAGGACUUAAGAAUUGGGAAUUUUAUUGAAAAAUUAAAAGCACAAUCUACUGCUUCUGCAAAAGAGGAUAAGCUUUCAGUGAAGAAGAUCCGCAUGGAGAAAAAUGCUGAUUUACUUGAAAAUGAUUAUGAUCUUGUCUCUCAUGCUACGAAUGAGGCGGUUUGGAAAAACAAGCAAUCUCACUAUACUGAAGAAUUUCCUUGUCCGACUGACUAUGAAGAACAUCAAAAGGAGCUCUUUAAGAAAAUCGAGCAAAAUAGUGAAAAAGAAGGAGUUAACAGUAUUUAUGAUUACCUUAAUAAUAACUUUGUCAAUCCUAGUAGUUUGGUUCAAGAAAAUUUUACUGCCGGACAAGUUGAGAAACUUGGCGAAAUUAUUGGAGAGGAAAUUAUCAAUCUUGCGGCAAUUGAAUAUUAUAAUUUUGGUUAUCAACUUCCAAAUUUGCAAAUCAAUACCACAUUUUUCCGGGUCUCUGGUGGUGCUGUGUUUCGUCACAUAUGUGCGAACCAUCUUAUGAUUGGCUAUAUAUAG